CGAUCUCAGAGUUUGUCUGGCUACUUUUAUUGCAGGGAAGCACAAAAAUCACAACUUUCAAUCUUUUACGGAGGAAAGGUGCUGGUGUUCGACAAUUUCCCAGCUGAAAAAGCUAAGAAUCUAAUGAAGCUAGCAAGCAAGGGGAGCUCCACUACUAAUAGCUUGACCUGUGUACCCCCUUCCCUCCUUACUGAAGCCUUGACAAGCUCAGGAUCAUUAUCUUAUCAAAAAAACUCAACCUUGGUUCCUAAAGCUGCUAGCAAUCCCGUGGUGCCCCUACUUAAACCAAUUGCAGAUCUUCCUAUUGCUAGAAAGGUUUCGGUUCAACGAUUCCUCGAGAAAAGAAAAGAUCGGUAA